AUGGCGAGCAAACCCGCCGGUUUCUUUCUACCUGCAGAGCAAGCAGGGUCGUCGUCCUCAUCGAAUCGAAGUCCUCUGAAUCCUACAAUCGAAGACGAUAGCGAUGAAGAUCACGUCGACAGCCAUUCCAGCGACCAGGCGCUAUUCUCCGAAGACCCUCUCGAUCCCAGUGGAGAUGGCAUAAUAUCCUUCAAGCGGAAACCCAACCAGACUACAGGUUCAAGACUGCUAUCUGCAUUUUCUGGUAACGGAUCAAAUUCACAACAACCUACGCCCUCACAAAGAGCCGGUGCCACGUUGUUCGGUCUGAAUACAGUUGGGAGCAGAGAUGGGCCAGGGAACACAGGCACGAAAGAUGGAGGGCCAUUAGAUUGGUAUGCCGAGGGACCUGGCCGUAGAGUUGAGUACCAAGAUAUGACUGCAAUAGACUGGAUCUUUGAGUACACAAAGGAGCGGCAACGCCUGCGGGUCCUAUAUUCAAAUUCCACUGGCUUGCUUGGAUAUGCGCAGCAAUUUAUGGACGCAAGCCAGGUGUGGGUUGUUCUGAUCUUGACGGGUCUUGCGGUGGGAUCUUUUGCAGCCGCGAUUGAUAUCAUCACGGAUUGGCUCGCGGAUUUGAAGACAGGAUACUGCUCUGCUGGAGUGGAUGGUGGUCAUUUCUACUUGAAUAAAUCCUUCUGCUGCUAUGGCUAUGAAGAAUUCGCGCAGUGUAGGGAUUGGAUUCCCUGGAGUCUGGCGCUCAACAUCACAUCAGCAGGUGGGAAGUGGUUUUUAGAAUACUUAUUUUUCAUUGUUUUUUCAGUUGGUCUCGCUGCAACAGCCAGUGUAUUGGUGAAGGAGUAUGCAUUAUACGCGAAGCAUAGCGGGAUCCCCGAGAUCAAAACUGUGUUGGGAGGUUUCGUGAUACGAAACUUUAUGGGGACGUGGACUUUGGUCAUCAAAUCCCUAGGUCUUUGCCUUGCAGUCGCAUCGGGUAUGUGGCUUGGUAAAGAAGGUCCACUUGUACAUGUUGCAUGCUGCUGUGCGAACCUGAUCUUGAAGAUGUUUGUAAAUAUAAACGGGAAUGAAGCUCGAAAGCGUGAAGUGCUUUCGGCGGCAGCAGCGGCUGGAAUUUCAGUUGCAUUUGGAUCACCGAUCGGGGGUGUCUUGUUCAGUCUCGAAGGCAUCUACGGAGGCUUGUUCAUCAAACUGAACAUGAAGGUCGCGGAAUGGAAGAAAGCAGCAACUUGGCUGCCUGGCCCAGUGACUCAAGUCUUGAUUGUGGCACUCCUGACAGCUCUGAUCAACUAUCCAAAUCUGUACAUGCGCGCUCAAUCCUCGGAGCUAGUAUAUUCGCUUUUUGCAGAAUGUUCCAAGGUCAUAAAUGAUGACUUGGGUCUGUGCAAGACAGGAUCUGCAACAGUUGGGACGAUAUUUCUUUUAACCUUUGCCGCAAUGCUUGGAAUCUUCCUGGCUUCGAUAACAUUUGGAUUGCAAAUACCUGCUGGGAUAAUUCUGCCGUCCAUGGCCGUUGGAGCCUUGUUUGGGCGAGCAGUUGGAAUUAUCAUGGAGAUAUGGGUACACUAUCAUCCAGAUUUCUUCGCCUUCAGCACAUGCGAGCCCGAUAUGCCGUGUGUCACCCCUGGCACCUAUGCGAUUAUCGGUGCCGCUGCUGCUCUCGGUGGAGUCACGCGCAUGACAGUUUCCAUCGUGGUCAUUAUGUUUGAGCUCACCGGAGCUCUGACCUACGUCUUGCCAAUCAUGAUUGCCGUGAUGGCCAGCAAGUGGGUUGGUGAUGCUUUUGGGAAGCGUGGCAUUUACGAAAGCUGGAUUCACUUCAACGAAUAUCCUUUCCUAGACAACAGCGAGGAAACAGUAAUCCCAGACAUUCCCGUAAGUCAGAUCAUGACCCGUAUUGAAGACCUUGUGGUCUUGACAGCAACCGGACAUACGAUAGAGUCACUGUCCGGCAUUCUCGCAUCGCAUCCCUAUCGUGGAUUUCCGGUAAUCUCGGACCCCAAAGACGCCAUUUUGCUUGGAUACAUAUCCCGAGCUGAGCUCGAAUAUAACCUCCGGUCGUCAACUGAGGCCCCACGAUCUUUGCCUCCUGAUACUGAGGUAUUCUUCUCGCACCAGUCGAUGGCAGAUCCCCAAACAACGCUUGACCUCCGGCCGUGGAUGGACCAGACUCCUCUCACGUUGCCUGCUCGAUCCAACCUCCUUCUUACAGCAAGUUACUUUCAGAAGCUGGGUUUGAGAUAUGUCCUGUUCAGUGGUCGAGGCGUUCUACAGGGCUUGUUGACGAAGAAGGAUGUAUGGUACGUUCUGAAUGGCGCUGAAGAAACCAGGAGGACAAUGGGGGCUGACGGAAUGCCUGAGAGUAUGGGCUUGACGAGAGAGAGCGGUGAAGAGGAAGAGAGAGGUUUGCUAAGGGGGGACGGCGACAGUGUAGAUAGCAUGUCCAUAAGUGCCCGCGAGCACGAUGCUCCUAUAUUAUGA